CUGCAACUCUACGCCGACAUGAUUCUGUUGCUCGGAAGAAACAAGAAAAUCGACAUGGCGGAGGAGCUGUUCUCUGAAGUUUUGGAGAAGGGACUGAAACCGGACACGAGGAUAUGCGGUGAGAUGAUUGGGGCGUAUUUGCAAGCUGGGAUGACGGAGAAGGCGAUAGAGAUAUACGGGUCCAUGAAAGAAUGGGGUUGUACCCCCGAUAAGUUCAUUUUCACCGUACUUAUCACAAAUUUAGAAAGAAACGAACGACAACAACAUCAACAACUGGUAGAGUCUCUCAAACAAGACUGUCUUCACUAUGUGGAGUUCCCUGAUAAAUUCCUUCAACAACUUCAAGAAGAUAAACCAAGAAAGAGACGUGUCGAUCUUGUGUGAAAUUUUGCAGCUUUUGCUUCAGGGUGGUGUUGUUGGCUCUUGUUUACACAAAAUUAAACUUGAGUUGAAAUUUCAUGUUACGGUGAUUAUUAUAUGCUCAUGGCAUGUAAAAAGUAGACUUGUAUCUCAUAAAUCUGAUUAUGCUUUCACGAGUUA